AUGAAUUGCCCAGUUUCCCCCAAUAAACAAUCGGCAUUCCUGAAACAAAUUAAUUUGCAGGAUUGUAUCAAAGAGAAAACGUCGUGUUCGAAAAGCUUCGCUCAACUCCCAGAAGAUGAGAAUGGAGUUUCAUCAACAACAAUGACGACUUUAAAAUCCUACAUUUCUCCCAUGGUUUCAUCUUUGAUCGCGGCUAAGUGUGAAGCAGAGGCUGUCAAUAAGACAGAUCGGGCAUAA